AUGACAAACCCACCUGUCAGGAGGGACAGGCAGCGGGCGGCCGGAGCGCAUCUCACCGAGCCGCAGCCUGCCGCAGGUGAGCCUAGCGUUCGGACGGACCCUGGUGUGACUCGCGUCCGACUCCUGCCCGAUUCCCGCCCGACUCCCGCUGCCAUGACCGAGCGCCAGAGGAAGCCGAGCCCGCACCGGCACGAAGGCAAACCGCGGAAGGUGCGGUUCAAGAUCGCCUCCUCCUACAGUGGCCGGGUGCUGAAGCACGUGUAUGAGGACGGACAGGAACUCGAGAGCCCCGGGGAGAAGUACCCCCACAGCUUCAUCCACGGGAAGAUGCCCCACCACCUGGAGAUGGACCAACUCUGCGGCUUCGAGGGCCUGGAGGAGUCCGGUCUCUACCCCACCACGGGACUGAUCGCCCAGAGGAUAAAUGUCUACAGAGGCAUGACGAAUUACAGGCCCCCUGCUUACGAAGAACUGUCAGAUGCAGAUUCUAAAUCGCCGGUUCUGGACUUUGGGAAGAUAAUCAUCUACACCAGCAAUCUGCGAAUAAUCAGGUCCCCUCAGAGGAAGGGCGAGUUAACAAAAAGUGUUCCCCUGGGCCGAGAGGGAGGGGGCGAUUAUUCGCACGGGCAGGAUGGAGAGGGCAAGCCAAGGCGGCGGGCUUUGUGUGGCGCCGGGGAAGAGCAACCCCAGCACCCAGCAUAUGAGGGUGCUCCGAGCUGCCCGCAGUGUGGAGGCUCGGGCUGCGCCCCUUGCUCCCUGUGCCACGGAAGCAAGCUGUCGAUGCUGGCCAACCGCUUCAACGAGUCCAUUCCGGACCUGCGGUGCCAGGCGUGUUACCCCGACGGGCUGCAGCGCUGCCAGUCGUGCGCGCAGUAG